UCCCCCUCCGCUGUCAGCAGCAGCAGCAGCAUCACCGCCCCGCCGGCUCCUGUGGAUCAGAGGAGAGGAUGGUCCAGCGGAGCAGCAGCAGCAGCAGCCGGAGAUGCCCAUGACAGUCAGAAGAUAAUGCCCCUCGACGCACGCAAGUUGGCCAGUGAACGACCAAGUGAGACGCCCGUGGCAGGAAAACACUGAACCAUGUUGCUGUAAGUUGUGACCAGUGGUGAACGGGGGAGGAGGAAGAGGAGGAGGAGGAGGAGGAGGAGGAGGAGGAGGGAAGCGUAGGCAGCCAGGCCGACAGGAGUCUGCCUCAGCACCCUUCAGGCGGCCCGACACUAACCUGCAGCGAUGGGAAACACGGCCACCAAGUUCCGCAAGGCCCUGGUGAGCGGCGACGAGGCCCUGGCCUGGCAGCUGUACGAGGGAAACCCUCAGUUCAGGGACGGCCUGGACCCCAAUGCGUCAUACGGGGAGCAGUACCAGCACAACACCGCCCUGCACUACGUCUGUCGCUACGCCAUGACGCGCCUGCUCAGGUCCUUCCUAUUCAGCAAAGAGGGAAACCCCAACAAGCGCAAUGUGCACAACGAGACCUGCCUCCACGUGCUGUGCCAAGGCCCCCAGAUCCUGCUGCUGCCAGAGGGGGCGCUGUCCCCCCGGCUGGCCCGCCCUCAGAGGGACGAGCAGCGGCGGGCGGACUGCCUGCAGAUGAUCCUGAGCUGGACCGGAGCCAGGCUGGAGGGCGGCCAGUACGAGAAGGCCAACGUGAACGCCACCGACAACCACCACAGCACCUGCCUGCACUACGCCGCCGCCGCGGGCAUGAAGAGCUGCGUGGAGCUGCUGAUCCAGAGCGAGGCGGACCUCUUCGUGGAGGACGAGGACAAGCUGACGCCGUGCGACCACGCCGAGAGGCACCACCACACCGAGCUGGCCCUCAGCCUGGAGUCGCAGAUGGUUUUCUCCUCCUUCUCAUCCCAGCAGUCCAACACAGACGCGCACGGCGAAACCAACCUGCUGCAAUACAAAGAGCCUUAUGAAGGGUUGAAGCUUCAGGAUCUGCGCAGGCUGAAGGACAUGCUGAUCGUUGAGACGGCAGACAUGCUGCAAGCUCCUCUCUUCACUGCUGAGGCCCUGCUGCGAGCACACGACUGGGACAGAGAAAAGCUCCUGGAAGCCUGGAUGUCAGACGCUGAGGGCUGCUGCCAGCGCUCCGGCGUCACCAUGCCCACUCCGCCGCCCAGCGGCUACAACGCCUGGGACACGCUGCCCUCCCCCCGCACUCCCAGAACCCCGCGCUCGCCCCUGACCCUCACCCUCACCUCCCCCACCGACAGCUGCCUCACACCUGGAGAGGAGGGCCUGGCGACGUGUGGAAUCUGUCUGUGCUCCAUCUCAGUUUUUGAAGACCCUGUGGACAUGUCAUGUGGCCACGAGUUCUGCAGAGCCUGCUGGGAGGGGUUCCUCAAUAUAAAGAUCCAGGAGGGCGACGCUCACAAUAUAUUCUGUCCGGCGUACGAGUGCUACCAGCUGGUGCCUGUGCAUGUGAUCGAGAGCGUGGUUUCCAGAGAGAUGGACCAGAGAUACCUGCAGUUCGACAUUAAGGCGUUUGUAGAGAACAAUCCAGCUAUCCGUUGGUGUCCUGCGGCGCGUUGCGAGCGGGCGGUGAGGCUCACUCGACCGGGUCCCGGGGACAACGACCCACACAAUUUCCCCCUGCUGCCGUCCCCAGCCGUCGACUGUGGCAAAGGCCACCUGUUCUGCUGGGAGUGCCUUGGCGAGGCCCAUGAGCCGUGUGAUUGUCAGAUAUGGAGGAACUGGCUCCAGAAAGUCACAGAGAUGAAGCCCGAGGAGUUGGCAGGUGUGAGCGAGGCUUAUGAGGACGCUGCUAACUGCUUAUGGCUGCUGACCAACUCCAAACCGUGUGCCAACUGCAAGUCUCCCAUUCAGAAGAAUGAGGGCUGCAACCACAUGCAGUGUGCCAAGUGCAAGUAUGACUUCUGCUGGAUCUGUCUGGAGGAGUGGAAGAAGCACAGCUCGUCGACGGGAGGCUACUACCGCUGCACUCGCUACGAGGUCAUCCAGCAGCUGGAGGAGCAGUCCAAAGAGAUGACUGUCGAGGCAGAAAAGAAGCACAAGAGUUUCCAGGAGUUGGAUCGUUUCAUGCACUAUUACACCCGCUUCAAGAACCACGAACACAGCUACAAGUUGGAGCAGAGGCUGCUAAAAACGGCGAAAGAGAAGAUGGAGCAGCUGUGCCGAGCUUUUAUUUGCCGCGAAGGGACCCCACCGGACACGCGCUUCAUCGAGGACGGCGUGUCCGAGCUGCUGAAGACGCGGCGCGUGCUGAAGUGCUCUUACCCAUACGGCUUCUUCCUGCAGCAGGGCAGCACGCAGAAAGAGAUCUUCGAGCUGAUGCAGACGGACCUGGAGAUGGUGGUGGAGGACCUGGCCCAGAAGGUGAACCGGCCGUAUCUGAGGACGCCGUGCCACAAGAUCAUCAGCGCAGCGCGCCUGGUGCAGCAGAAGAGGCAGGAGUUCCUGGCGUCGGUGGCCCGGGGCGUCGCUCCAAACGACUCGCCUGAGCUUCCUCGCCGGAAUUACCCUGGAGGAUCCUGGGAUUGGGAAUACCUCGGCUUUGCGUCCCCUGAGAUGGGAAGUCGUCACUCUGUACUGGGAGCAGGAGAGCAAAGAGAGAGACAGUCGCAGGAUUAUGCUGACAUCCAGUACCGCCGCAGACACAGGCCACGGCGCAGAGGAGACAUGCUGAGUCUGCACAACCUCAGAAGCAGCAGCAACACACCAGAAACCAGCAGGAGGAGCGACAACUCAGACGGCACAGAGCGGACCGAAGGUCGCAGAAGAGCACUGGGCUCGCUGGACGAGGACGAUCCCAACAUCCUCCUGGCCAUCCAGCUGUCGCUGCAGGAGUCGCGCAGCAGAGAGCGCAGCCUGGAGGGCGGCCUGGAGGCCCGGCUGGAGCCGGACAGGCCGGACAGGAGGCCCGGCUCCGCCGGGAACCUGGUUGACGCGGCGCUGCGCUCUCUGAGCGCCGAGGGGCCGCCGGGAGCCAGAGGCUCGUCCUUCCCCACCUCGCUGCUCGACCCUCCCCGCCCCCCCAACAGGACAGACUCCUCCUCGCAGCCGUCCGUCUCCAGCUCGCUGCCGCUGCCUCCCCCGCCUCCCUCCCUCAGUGCGGAGCUGCUGGAGCUGGGAGACAGCCUUAUGAAGCUGGGGAGCAUCACCGCUCCGUACGAGCUGGACGCGCACACGCAGGAGCAGCUGUGCUCGCACCACACGUACGGCCACGGUCCGCACGCCGCCGCCGCCGCCACCGCCGCCGAGCCCGCCCACAGCCAUAGACCGGACCCGCCGUACGCGCUCGACCACAUCGCCAUCGAGCACGGCGCCCCCCGCACCGCCGAGCACGCUCCGAGCGCGGCUCGCUCCACGCCAUACUCCCGGGAACCGGCGGCGCCCAAACCGGACGCCUCCUACAGCCCCUGCCCGGAACACAGCAGCUCUUACACAGCGGAGCGGCCCGCCGCCUACGCUCUGGAGCGGCCCCCCCAGGCGGACCUCCAGCCCCCCGCCCAACUGUGCCUCCCGUCCCCGGAGCCGGAGCCCGAGCUGCCGCUGUCGCCCGUGAUCCCCCCGGGGGGCCCCUUCACCCCCAGCGAGGCCCUGGACGCCACGGCCAGCGCGCAGCUGCUGGACAACAUCAUGGCCUGGUUCAACAGCAACAUCAACCCCCAGAACAACCCGCAGAGUCUGGCGCUCGUCCCCUCGCCGCCCACCACCGACAGCGACUCCUCCCCCGACACGCACACCGAGACCGAGACGGAGAGCCAGGCCUCCCGGGAGGCGGCGCCCGCCCCCGUCUGGCAGCCCCUGGAGGGCGAGCCGGAGGCGGGCGGCCCCCCGGGGGCCGAGGCCGCCCGGUCCUGUCGCCCCUGCACUCUGGAGCUGGAAAACAGAGACGCCGGGGGAGACGGGUGUGUGGCCGACCUGUCGCUGGACGAAGCGCGCACACACCCGGGCCCGCCCCCGCAACGCGAACACUGUCCCGCCCACACCGCCCCGCCCGCAGACACGGACCCGGACCUGGUCCUCCAGCUGGAGGAGGACCGCUCCCCCGAGGAGUGGGAGGAGCAGGAGCACCUGGUGUGACACCGGAGAGAGAGAGAGAGAGAGAGAGAGAGUGGAGACGGCGGCCGAGCGUUUACUGCGUGUAUUAUACUGUAUUUAGAGAGUUCAUACGGCUCGGCGGACUCUGUCCUUUCAAGAUGAUGUCAUACACAUUCACACAUUCACGUUCUCUUUUUCUUUCUUUUUUAUUCUUUUUUUUAUUUUCAAGCUUUCUGUCUGCUCCAAGAGCGGAACAGAAACAAGCGAGUCUUUCGAAACAUCACUGGAAAGCUACUGAUAUCAUAACACACCAAGAGCUUCUGGGUUUUUGUUCCCUGGGUUUUAUUUAUUCCCCUGGAGUUUGUGUUUGUCUUGUUAAGUUUGUUCAGGGUGAAGUUUUGGUGCUGUUCAUGCUGAAAUCCAAACUUGCCUCAUAUAUAUAUAGAUAUAUAUAUAUAUAUAUAGAUAUAUAUUUAACAAGACUUGACGACCACACGGACCCAACCACAAGCCUGUCUGCGCCUCCAAGAGCCAAAUCCCGCCAGAGCAGUGACCUUGGAGCCUGUCUUAGCGUGCUGUACAAUCAGAGGGCCUAAUUCACACUGUCUGGACCUUCAUGCACACCGUGCCUGUUUUAUUUAGUGCCAACACACUACUGAGAACGACGCAACACUGGCCUCCUUGUAAUGUAACUCAAAGCGAUCAGCGGACGGCGCAGGGCCCUCUGCGCAGCAAGGUCAAAGGUCGAGUCCCAGGUGCAGAACGGCACCUUUAAAAUGGGUCAAGGCCGAGCGUCCCGCUCAAAAGCAGCUCUUUAUUGUUUUGUUUUGUUUUUUUAGGAGAUUGAACCACGUGCGUCCGCUGCUCGGCCUCCGUGCGGCGCCGCUGCCCUUUACUCCGGCUCACGGUUUGAUUCUGUUGUGCGAAGCUCCUCCCACUAAAUGCCCUGAAUUUGGUGGCUCAGUCAAAACAAAUCGGACAUUUUGCGAUCUCCAGAGACGACUGCACCAAGUGCAGAUUAACUCAGACAUUAACAUCCCAAUAUUUCCAACAAGUGAAAGGGGCUUUAUGGAGUUUUAAAAAUGACAAUAUGAAUCCUUUUAUCAAUGCUUCCGUUGAUAAAAUGAGCUGCACUGUAAAAGUUAAUGAACUGGUUUAAGUAAAUAUAAUUAGUAACCUAGCCACUUUUAAAUGUUGAAAUGGGCUAGGAGGUUUGCACAUACUGUCCGAGCUGAAAACAGGAAGUGAACACGUUUUCCUCUGGUUUUGGAGAGAAACCCACGAGACAUUUCAACUUGUUUUGAUUCCUCGAAAAGCGUGAAUGAACUUUUUAAAGCCGUUGUGUCACUUAACGUCUUUUCUUGUUUUUUUUUUUCUUUUUACCAUGUGUAUCACUAUAAUUACAGAUGGUUUUGGCUCGUAUGGUUCUGAAAUCCAGUGUUUUUAAUCCAAAUUUUCUGUCACUUGUAUUUUUUUUUAACUUUCGUCUUGUGUUGCUUCACAGAAGUGGAUUAAGGGACUGUUUUAUUUUGUCUGUAUUUGAAACAUAUUUCAUGAUUGAAAACAGGAUGACGUGUCAGAGAUUUUGCACGCUGAGUCUGAGCCAAACGUUUCUUCAAGACGGCUGUGAAGUAAAACAGAUUUGAACGGUUCGAUCGCGAUAUCCCACUACUGCUGGCUCGUACGGCGUGCUGUUAUUGAAAGGACUCAAAGCGGGUUUGUCACAGAAAUCUAUCUUUUUUUUUCCAUUUACUGCUUAAUAUGGAGACUGUUUUAUUUCCAGUUGAGACCAGAGCUGUUGGGUCUGUGUGCCUUUUUUUUGUUUGUUUUUAGUGUUUUAUUUGUUGGUAUUUAUUUUGUGUCAUUGCUUUUGAAUCAUGCUAUAGAGACAUGGUGGAGAACGCAACACUCCGAUCGAUGUUCAUUUGUAUGAUUUUUUUUUUUUUUUUUUCAGCUGCACCUCACACUUCAGCUCGUUCACUCAGUCAGAAACAGCUCUGAGGCCGUUUGAAGGAAUCUAUUCUGCUCAAUAAUCACUUUAUCUGACAUAAGACCCUUUGAAAUGUGACUUCUGGGUUGUCGUUCAGGCUAUUUAAAAAGAAAAAAAAAAACUUUAUUGCCCAACUCUAAUGUUUACAAGGGAAUUGAACACUGCCUGCUGUGAUGAGAAGUGAUUCAGCGCUUCGGGGGUCUGAGAUGAUGAAACUGGUGGCUUUUCUUGUAUAAGAGUUUAAAAUAUCUCAUUUUAGGUCCAGAUCUGUUGGAUGUUUUUUUGUUGUUUUUCUCCAGUCGGGGGUUGAUGCAGUGUGAGGGAUGAAAAACACUCAAACAAUGACACCUUUUCUUGUGUGCAUUGAAACAAGAAACUGUGAAUGAGCUGAGUCAUAAAAAUUUCAAAAAGCCCACCGACACUCGUAACAUGAAAUAGUUCCCCGAAGCGGAUGUACAGGCCUGGCACUGAAUCUCCAGUCUUUAUUUUGCACAAGAAUGAUGUGGAUGUGUUUGUUGCACUGAUCCAGUGCUGCGAGGCGAGACGUGAAGGACGCACACUUUGAUUCCUUUUUCAAUUUCUUCCUCUUUGUAUUCUUUAUUAUUGAAUUAAUGGUGUUGAAUAAUUUAGGGGGGUUUUUUCUUUCUUUUUUUACUUCGACAUAUAUUGUUUGUAUCUUAAUUCUCCCUCAAACUACAACUUCAGAAUUUCAUAAAAGGAGAAUUUGCACUCUCAUAGAUUAUACUUGAUACAUUCCCGGCUGGUCAAAAGAAAGGUUUGAUGUGUGGCCAAACUUAUAAAUGAAAGUGCAAAGUUUACUCUCAAUAAAACAGACUGAAAGUG